AUGUCCGACGUCUCACGCCGUCUAACGCCCACGACGCGCAUACACAUAAUGGCCUUAGACGGCAUCGUUAACGUCAAUUCACUCUUCUCCUUCGCGAUCUUCGUCGGCCUCAAUUGGUACCCCACCACCGACCCCGCCUCCAUGCUUAUCGGCUCCGACAAGGCUUGCGCCGCCGGGGCCGACUCAGCCGAGGGUCUCAUUGCUUUCCACGUGUACUCCUUCAGCUCCUUCCUCUUCUCCAGCCUCGUCGCCCUCGCUCUCAAGCAAGCCAUCAAGAUCAGCCGAGCCGCCGGCCACGACGGUGGCCACGGGUACCACGUCCGUGGCACCAACAUGGGUCAUUUGAACCGGGUCGCUUUGCGGGUCGGGACGUUGGUUUCGGCUUUCGGGUCGGUUUUGGGGUGUGGGUUUUUGAUGAUGGCUCUGGUGGACUUGGUUCAGAUCAAAUUGGGGAGGUUGGGUUGUGGGAAUUUCUACACUUUGGCUGCAAUUGGUCCUCUGGUGACUUUGGUUCCUAUGGCCCUCGUCAUCUAUGUGUUUCUUGUGCUACACGCUUUUACUCGAUAG